UUUCCGACGGUGGCGGCGACGGUACGCGGGCGCCGCACGAGGUGACCGAAACGCUCCGCGACGUAGACCGAUUGCCGCAGUCCCCGCGCUCACGCACAGACAUACGCACCUGCGCACCGCGUCUAUCGUAUAUCGUGUCGUCGUUGUGAUUUUUCAAGUAUUUAUAUUAUUUUUGUGUUUUACGAAAUCAUUUUAAACGAUCACAGCAUAAAUUAUUUGUUCUGUUUUUUUGAGCGAUUACCUAUUACGAGUUUACUGUAUUAUAGUGAUUGCGUGAAUUCACGACGCCGUUGCCCGUUAAACUGCAAUUGUUCGUAAACGUAAUUGAUUGAUAAUAAUAUUGUGCUGUACUGCUGCAUAUAAAUACACCUAUAUUAUUUAUUCAACGUUCUCGGGUUUUUUCCUUUAAAUUUUUGAUCCGUGCGUUUAUCAUCGCAUUAUUGUAUUAAUCUGUAUUAUACUCAGUGGUCUUCGUGCGUGCUUGUUAAAACCGUUUUUAAUCCAUACGCAAUAUUAUAAAUAAAUGUGUCGGGCGCGCGUCGGGUGCGGACUAUGAGCUGCACAGAGGUUAUGUAUCAGGCGUAUUAUCCGUAUCUGUACCAGAGGUCUUCGGGCACGGCCGCUCCACCGACCAGGGCGCCGCAUCAUCACUUUGCGCCGUUCACUCAUCAAUAUGAUCGCUUGAGAGCGUUGGAAACGCACCAACAAGCAUCCACAUCUUCGCCAAUUGGCGGUGGAGACUCACCAGCUAACAGAUGGACAACAAUUACAGAUCAUACGGACUCACACCAUAGCAGCGUUGGAUCCGGAGCGUCCAGCGUGGGCCCUGUUGGAGGAAUCGCGAGCCCUGCAUCCUCGCCGGCCACAGCCAAUAGCGUUUCAGUAGUGCACAAGGAAGAGGACACAUCCAGAGACGAUGCUCGUACUGAAAUGGAUGAGGACGAUGACAACGUGCAGGAGGAUUCUAGAACGCGCGGGGACAGGCGUGCCGCCGCACACGCGCAAUACGUGUCGGUAAAUUGCGUGGUGUUCACCCACUAUACCGGAGACGUCGCCACCGUGGUAGACGAACACUUUUCCAGGGCGUUGAACAGCGAUCAAAAACUCAACAACGCCCAUCAAACGUCGACCAAAGAUACUUCCCCAAUGUCUUCCAGAAACUUCCCAGCGUCGUUUUGGAACAGUAAUUAUCACUCACAUCACUCCACUAGUCAAGUGUAUCAUCCAGACACAAUGUACCAUCAUCACGGUACUGCAGGUAAUCCAGCAGAUCCAUGGCAAACGCAUUACCAACAAUAUACAGCUGCAGCUGCUCAUCACCAUCACAGGGCCGUGCACGAAUACCAUCACCACCAUAACAUGGCUGCCCAGUACGGUAGCCUAUUACUACCACCACCGACUUCGAGACUGGCGCCACCGCCACCACCACCACCUCCACCCUCUAGUCACCCACAUUCACACCAGUAUCACGGCAAAGCUGGCAUGGAACCGUGGCCCAACAGCGCCCAUCACCCGGCCUUGGAUACUGGCACGUCUUAUUCACCAUAUCCCACUGUUCCAGGUCUAGAAGCUCAAGUACAAGAGACGUCCAAAGAUCUAUAUUGGUUUUAAAUGUUUUAAUGAAAAUUGUUGUUAAAUUUCGGUAAAAUUUCAUUCUUCCGUUGUUAAUAUUGAAAUAAGUGAUUUUUACGUAUAUAUAAAAUAGAAAUAAUUUUACUCAACAAUAAACACCUCAGUGAAUGCGCAAGCACCAUUAUAUUCUUUAAAUAUUUAAAAUUAUUAGUCUUCGGUUUGUCUUUCUACAGAACAAUUUAACGCCAAAAUGAUAAUACAAUAAUAUUAUUGAUAUGAUAUAAGAUCAUGACGAUAAAUGCAAAAUUGAAUCAUUUUGUUUUGAGAACGUGUAUAGUAUUAUAAUUAUAUAAACCGUGUUGUUUGACGUAGCGUAAUUAUAAGGUAUAUACAAAUUAUAAGCUAUAGAUAUAUUAUGUAGUGCUGGAAAUUAAUAAUAUGAUCGCCAGAUUCUAAUUUGAUAUAGAGCCCGAUAUCUGAGUUGUUAGCAGUUAUAUUUUCCAAUUAAAUUAUUUAAAUUAUUUAUUUUAUUACUAGUAACUGACUAUACAAAUUUUGAAGUAUAUAAUAUUUAAACUAUAAAAUUUUUUCGAAUUAUGAAAAACACAGAUAUCAAAAAUUUUAAAAAAUGUAUAACUUUUCCAUGCACUAUGUAAUAAAUAAUUAUAUAAUAUACAUAGCAUAUGAGUAUCUCGUCGCUUCUCUUUCGAGAAUUUAAUAAUUUUUCAAAUAAUCAAUUUAUUCAAUUUUUAAUUUUUAAUACAAUGUCUAAUGAUAAUAUUCACUUUUAACCAUGUCAAACCUAAGUUAGAUAUAUGUAUAUAUAUAUAUAUAUAUAUUUGGUAAACAUACUAUGUAUUAUAUAGUAUAGGUAUAUUACAUACUUUUUCAAAAAAAUAAAAAAAAAAAAAAUAUUUUUUAACAAGAUUUUAGAUGGUCUGUAGUAUUCUAUUCAAUAUUUUCGCCUUGUUGAUAAUUUAUGUUUGACAUGGCUGAUAAGUACUAUAUAUCUACAUUUAUAAUUUCACAGAUUUAAAUUACAAUAGUAGGGCGAUCAUAAAACUCGAAACUAUAGAGACACUGUGUAAAGAAAAACAAAUUUUGAGAUUAAUUAUUCAUGUCCUAAUAAUCUAUACUUAUAUAAUAUUACAAUAUUUUGUGUUAAAUUAUCAUUAUAAUAAUUCUAAUAGUUAUAUUUAUAUUACUCAUUAUAUAUAUUUAUAUUUAUAAUCAUUUAGUAGUGUUAUUUUUUAUUUGUGUACACUUUUUAACCAAUCUGUUUGAAUGUAUUUCAUAAUUUAUAUAAGAUAUUUCAUUUUCUAUUAUUAUAUUAUUAUUAUACUUUGUAAACUGUUAGAAUCGUGUGUUGAUGUGCAAUGUUAGAGUAGGUUCCUAUGUAAUAUUAUAGAAAAUAUUAUAUGAUAUUUACUCGGAUAUUAUUAUUGAAAUUUAUAUUAAUAUAUAAUAAUUGAUAACCUACCAAAGGUAUAUUACUCGUAAUUGUAUAAAUAUAAUUAAGACUUGUACUUAUAUAAAUGUUGAACAAAUAUAAAAUAUGUAUCCCAAACUUAGAUACGAAAUAAAUAAAAUACUGAACUGUAUUAAAUACUUGCAAAUA